AUGCACACGUUUGGGAACGCAUCUCCAUCGGCGGCUGUUUCUAACCGCACGGUGGCGUUACGAUCGGCUCGUCAGCCGCGUCUCUCUUACUCCUCCUUCGCUCCGUCAUCCGAGCACGAUCACCCGCCGCAGAGAGAGGAGGAAGAAGAACCGGAGGAGGAGGAGGAGAAGAGGACUUGGAAUCUGCGGCCGAGGAAGGCUUGCGUCGGAGGAGCUUCGGAGGUGAAGAAUCUGAAACCAAGCGGAGUGACGGAGCCGCCGCCGAAAUCAAACAGACAGAGAGGAAUCGCGGCGGAAUCUCCCGGCGUCGAGGUUAAAAACGAGAACCACAGGCUUUGGGUCGCUCUCUCGAGAGACGAGAUUGAAGAAGACGUGUUCUGUAUAAGCGGGAACAAGCCAUCUCGCAGACCAAGAAAGAGGGCCAAGACAUUGCAGAAACAUCUCGAUGUUAUGUUCCCUGGGCUGUGUCUUGUCGGGAUGAAUGCUGUUUGCUUCAUAGUAUCCACUUCUCCUGGCUAA